AUGAGGAUGAUGCCAGCUCCAGGGGCAGGGAGGUCAAGGGGCCGUGCUGCUGUCCUCAGGCUGCUCCUCGCUGCUGCCCUCGUUGUGGCUGUGCAGGGUUCCUGCGAUGCUCCGCCACGUAUCCCAUCCGCAGAACUGAAAGAGAGCUACCAGCACAUCAGGACAUUUUCCCGCUCUCAACGGGUGGAAUACACCUGCCGUCCAGGUUAUGUAAAAAAUAGGGUCCGGACCAGCCUUGUUUGUGAAGAGGAUGGUAGGUGGAAAGGAUCGACCGACUUUUGCUCACCCAAGCCAUGCAGCUACCCCGGAGACCUGGCCAAUGGCAGACUUGUGGAAGUGGAGCAGUUCACCUUUGGCUCAAUAGCCAACUACAGCUGCGACAUGGGGUACAGACUGAUUGGAAAUUCCCAAAUCCGUUGCGUGCUUAAAAAUGGGCAAGUUACGUGGGAUGGAGACGUUCCCUUCUGUGAACCAAUCCCAUGUUCACCCCCUCCAAAAAUAGAGAAUGGAGAGCACAAUGGAGGCGACGUUGCCAUCUUCAGCUACGGAUCCUCCGUCACCUAUCGGUGCCGCUCUGCCGGCAGGGGGGAGAGAGCUUUCUCGAUGGUGGGGGAUCCCUCUAUUUUCUGCACGACCAUGGAUAACCUGAACGGUGUCUGGAACAAGCCAGCCCCGGAGUGCAAAGUGGUGGGCUGCGAGCACCCCCGGGUCGAGAACGGGAAGCUGCUGAGCGGGUACAGGGCCGAGUACACGUACCGCGACACCGUCAUGUUCGACUGCGAGUUCCGCUACACCCUGCAGGGCAGCGAGACCUCCACGUGCAGCGAGGCCGGGCACUGGGAGCCGCCGCUGCCACUCUGCCAGCGCAGCAGCUGCGAUGACCCUCCCGAUGUGUUUAGGGCUGUUAAAGCGAGACUCGCGGGCAAUUUGUUUCCUGUUGAUACUGUGGUUACCUACGAGUGUGAGACAGGCUACGAGUUCAGCCCCGGAGAAAACACGCGACACAUUACGUGUCUGCCAGACCUGACCUGGACCAAGGUUCCCCAUCCUUGUGACAAAAUUAGGUGCCCGGAUCCAGUUGUCAGGAACGCAAUGCGUGUAAAUGAGUGGUACAAAAGAGGCAAGUACGCGUAUGGAGACAGCGUCGAGAUUGUGUGUAACGAAGGCUAUACUGUCAAGGAUUAUGGCAGCAAAGUUGCGCUUCGGUGCACAAACAAAGGCACGUGGGAACCGGCAGUAACAGAGUGCACAGCAGAACCUCGUUGCCCACGGCCCGUUAUUGAUCAUGGGCAAGAGGUGUAUAAGAGCAAAAAUGACUACAGCGCCGGGACCCGCCUGAGGGUGGUGUGUGAUGAAGGCUACGUCCUCAGAGGCGAUGAGCAGAUCGAGUGCAAGGCUGAUGAGAACUGGGCUCCCUCGGUGCCGUUUUGUGACAAAGUCUGUGACCCCCCUCCCCAAAUCACCAGCGGGCAGCACAGGAGCUCGAGAUCAGGGGUCUUCCCCUACGGCUCGGAGGUGACGUACAGCUGUGCCGCGGGUCUGUCCCUCAUCGGGGACGAGUCCAUCUACUGCACCUCCACCGACGGGGUGAACCUGGUGUGGAGCGGCCCUGCCCCGGAGUGCAGGGUGGUUCGCUGCCCCGGGCCUGCCGUUGAGCACGGAAGGAUGUCUCCGCUGAGACACACAUUCCCCUACGGGGUGACCUUGAAGUUCUCCUGUGAUGAAGGCUUCACGCUGCAGGGCGAUGCUGAGACCCGGUGCAUGGCUGACGGCACCUGGCAGCCGCCGCUGCCCUCCUGCGUCCCAGUUCAAUGCCCCUUGCCAGUGAAAGAAGGGGAUAUAGAGUUUCACUACUUUAAGACUAUGUUCAAGGUGAAUGACAUCCUGUACAGCUCCUGCGAGCAUGAUGGCUAUCGCUUAAAAAAUGUACCAAGCACCUGCUCAGCUGAUGGCACGUGGAUACCACCAGCCAAAUGUAAAACGCUUCACACAUGCCAGAAGAUUCUUCAAAUCAGGGAAACUUUCCUGUGCGGCGUUCCUCUGACAGAACUGAAAACUUUGCUGGAGGUGCAGAAGCUGUACCUGGAGAUCCAGAAGCUGGAGGAGGAUCUGAGAAUCAGAAGAAUUGUUAAACUGAUCAGUUUACCAGAGCUGCAGUGUCCGGUCCCAUUUAUUGCACAUGGACGGCUGAGACCCGUGCAGAACUUCACCUCCGGCAGCGCGGCCAUGGUCGAGUGCGACGCUGGCUACGUCCCCGCGGGCACCGGCACCGUGCGGUGCCUGUCCAGUGGCAGGUGGCAGCCGCGGGUGCCCGCCUGCGUCCCAGGUCGCUGCCCUUCGCCUCCUGCUCUCAGCUACGCCGACCGAAGCCCUCAGCGCGAGUUCCUGGUCGGUUCGACCGUCACCUACUUCUGCAGAAACGGGUACACUUUGAUCCCCGAAGUAUCUCCGACAAUUACUUGUCUCAAAAAUUUCACCUGGUCCGCAAUCCCAACGCUUUGCCAGAUGGUGCAGUGUCCGAACCCCGCCAUCAGCCACGGGCAGGAGAUCAACGUGAAGGAUGCCAAGUACACCUUCGGGCGCCAGGCAGCGUUUCAGUGUGACCCUGGCUACGUGCUGUGGGGCAGCCAGAGGGCUCACUGCGGGUCUGACGGGACGUGGAGCCCCCCCAUUCCGUUCUGCGAUAAGGUCUGUGACCCCCCUCCCCAAAUCACCAGCGGGCAGCACACGGCCUCGAGAUCAGACCUCUUCCGCUACGGCUACGAAGUGAAGUACAGCUGUGCCGCGGGUCUGUCCCUCAUCGGGGACGAGUCCAUCUACUGCACCUCCACCGACGGGGUGAACCUGGUGUGGAGCGGCCCUGCCCCGGAGUGCAGGGUGGUUCGCUGCCCCAGGCCUGCCGUUGAGCAUGGAAGGAUGUCUCCGCUGAGACACACAUUCCCCUACGGGGUGUCCAUGCGCUUCUCCUGCGACGAAGGCUUCGUGCUGCACGGCGAUGCUGAGACCCGGUGCGCGGCCCAUGGCACCUGGCAGCCGCCGCUGCCCUCCUGCGUCCCAGUUCAGUGUCCGGAACCGCAAGUCGUCAAUGGAAGGCUGAAAAACCCCAGUGACAGCAAAAUGUGGUACCCAGCAAACGCGACUGUUACUUUUGAGUGCCUUCAUGGGUACCAAUUCUCUGGUGAUGGACCCGCCACUUUCGAAGACACUUGGACAGCCACGUGCCUGGCUGAUGGCAACUGGACACCGCUGCCCAAGUGUAAGAAGCAAGGAGAUGCUGAUGUAUGUGAAGAGAUUGGGUAUAUUAAAAUGGCCUUUGAGUGCGGUGUGCCUAUGGAGGAAGUGAGAACUCUGCUGGAAGUACAAAAACUGUUUCUGGAGAUUCAAAAACUAAAGGUGGAAGUUGAGCUAUUGAAUAAGGAUGUCCUGCUUGGCUGCGUCUCCGCUGCUGCAUCUCCUCUCAGCUUUCAGAAACAGCCUCUGGGAGCCAACAGUGCUCGGCAGAGGAGCACAGGAAUCGCUGCGAUAAAGCCUGGAGAACCAGGUCAGGGGAAGCACACUGGCACCUCGAGCUGCUGGGCUCCCACCAUGCGGCAGGGAUCCGGCUGCCCCACACUGCUCCUGGCCUUGAUAGGACUCCUGGGCACACCUGCAGCUCGCGGUGACUGUGGGCCCCCACCCCGUAUGGCCCACUCCAAGCCGUCCGUGGCCGAGCAGCCCAGCAGCUUCCCGGUUGGAUCCAGGGUCACCUACACGUGCCUCGAAGGCGCCAUCAAAAUCCCCGGGCGGGCGGACACGGUGCAGUGCCUGCCCGGGCCCCACUGGUCCCAGCUGCCAGAGCCCUGUGGCCUGAGCUGCUCUACCCCGACAAGGUUACAGUUUGCUGCCCUGUCCAAGGUGGACGAGAGGAUAAAUUUCUUUCCUAUUGGGUCCACUGUGAGCUACGUCUGCCACCCCGGCUAUGAGAACAUCUCGGAAAGCUCCCCCACCAGCACUUGUCUUGAAAAUCUGACAUGGUCGGAGGUUGCUGCAUUGUGCCGCAGGAAGUCCUGCGGGCAGCCGCCGGCGCUGCCCAGGGGCAGGACCCUCGCCCUGACGGAUUUUCUGUUCGGUGCCAGAGCGAGAGUGGUCUGCGAUGAAGGGUACAAACUAAAUGGGAGGAAUUUCAUCCAAUGUUGGCUGAAAGGAGAUGACGUUGAGUGGAGUAAACUUCCAACCUGUGAAUUAAUUACCUGCUCUUCACCUCCUCCAAUUAGCAAUGGGAAGCACAAUGGUGAAGGUGUAGAAAAACUUGCUUACAACUCAACAGUGACUUACAGCUGUGACCCUGGCUUCCAACUCAUUGGAAAAGCGAGCAUCCACUGUACAAGUACAGACAGAACAAAUGGAGUCUGGAGUGGAGCAGCGCCUAAAUGUAAAGAGAAAAGCAAAUUUGUCAAACUUGGAGCAAAAGAAGUGGAAAGGAGCACUCCUCCCCAAAAUUUCCAGGGAAAUGGCAUCCAAACAGAUAAAAGGGUUUUCACAAAGGAAAUGAAAAUCACCCUUUAUAAAGAGUCACUCCAAAGCAGCAACUCCUUCUCCCAUUCUUCUUCCUUCUCCAGGCCACGAGGGGACUGCGGGCCAUUGCCCCAGCUGCCCGGGGCAGAGCCUCCAGAGGACUCCAAAGAUAACCAAAGCUUCCCCAUCGGCUCCAAAAUAACAUACCGGUGCAUUCAAGGCUUUGCUAAGCUCCCCUUGAAGUCAGACACAAUACAGUGCCUGGAGAACGCCCUCUGGUCCGUCCUCCCAGAGUUUUGCAAUCGUAGCUGUUACAGCCCACCUCGUGUGAGUUUCGCAAGAGUAUCACAGGAAGAUGAAUUCAAGAAUUUUUAUGCUGUUGGUAUCACGGUGAACUACGUUUGUAACCCCGGCUAUGAGAAUAGCACUGACGAGCUUCCUACCAGCACUUGUCAUGAAAAUUUAACGUGGUCAGAGGUUCCCAAGUUAUGUCAAACUUCGUCCUCUACUGUUGGCACUACAGCAGUGACAGACGCAACCAAACCGUUGGAAGAGAAGACACCAGAGUAUCGCUACAUCCUACCGAGGGUACCGCAGGAGACGCCCCCGCGGGGGGGGGGGCGGAGCCGCUCGGGGGGGCGGGCGCGGGCGCGGGCGCGGGGCGGGGGCUCCCGCAACCGGCCCCGCACGCCCGCUUCUUGUUCACCCACGGAAGAAGGGCGAAGGCUCCCUAGGCGCCGGGGCCGGGCUCAGCCAAGCCCUUCAUUUUCCUACGAAGCCGGAAAAUUCGCCCAAGCCCGGCCCGGCGUCCGCCCGCCCGCCCCGGAAAGGGCCGUGCCGGCGGGGUGCGCUGCGCAUCACUCCGACGGGCACCGGCACAGGGGCACCGGUACCGGGAUGGGAACGGGCACCGACACCGGCAUGGGGCUGCUGUGGCUCUGCGCCGUGCUGCUGGCGCUGCCCGGAGCCUGGGGUGACUGCCAGGGCGUUCUCCUGCCGAGGUUCUCCUUCGCCGAGCCCAGCAGCCCCACCAACAAGUCGUACCCCGUCGGGUCCUGGGUGCGCUACAAGUGUCGCCCUGGGUACGUGGGGGACAGCAGCAAGUCCCCCCUGGUCACCUGCCUCCCCAACUCCACCUGGGCAUCGGACCCCGACUUCUGCAUCGGAAAGUUGUGCCGUGAACCAGACAUAGAAAACGGCAAAUUUCACUACUCAACCGACCUCCGGUUCGGGGCAACAAUAAAUUUCACUUGUAACUUCGGGUACCGAUUAGUUGGGGAACCAUCUGCGCGAUGCAUACUUAGUAACAAUGAAGUUAUUUGGGAUAACGUUCCAUUCUGCGAGAUUAUUCCCUGUGAACCACCUCCUGUAACUGCAAAUGGGCAGUUCAGCGGUACGCAAACAGAAUACACCUUUGGCUUAGCUGUAACUUACACGUGCGAUGAAGGUUUUUCUCUCAUUGGAAGCUCCACGAUUUACUGUACAGUGGAUGCUGAGUCCAAUGGAAUAUGGAGUGGUCCAGCCCCUGAAUGCAAAGUGGUGACAUGUGAAAAUCCAGUAGUGGAAAAUGGGAAGAAGUUAACUGGAUUUGUUGAGCAGUACACAUAUGGAGAUACAGUGACCUUUGAAUGUCUUCCUGGUUAUUUUAUGAAUGGUUCUCAUACAGUUAAAUGUGAUGCAGACAAUGCCUGGAAUCCACCUCUGCCAAAGUGUGACCGACGCUACUGUGGUCAUCCUCCCAGCAUCCCUUUUGCUGAGUUAAUGGGGACUGUGAGUAGCAGCUCUCCUGCUGGAACCACGCUGACGUACAGAUGUAACCCGGGGUAUGCUGCAGGAGAUGGAACGUCUUUGGAAGUCACUUGUCUGGGGAAUACCAGUUGGUCUGUAAGCUCCAAGUCAUGUACACGACAGCAAUGUACUCCUCUCGAGAUAGAGAACGGGUUUGUAAAAGGGGAAGAUUUCCUGUUUGGGACAACUGUGGAGUUCUCCUGUCGUGAUGGGUAUGAAUUACAAGGGUCAUCUUCUGCCAAAUGUGUGGCAUCAGGAAAUGGAGUUAGCUGGGAUGUGUCUCUUCCAACCUGUAAAACUGCAGGACAGCUGACUGUUCUCUGUGGAGAGCCACCUGCAGUUGCCAAUGGGAGGCACAAUGGCACGAAGGGGGAGUUUGUCCACGGCUCCAUUGUAGUUUAUAAAUGCAAUCAUGGUUUCACCCUGGCUGGAGGGUCCUCUAUUCGCUGUACAGCAAGAGAUGAGUACUGUAGAGUCUGGAGCAAACUGUGCUACUGUGGUCAUCCUCCCAGCAUCCCUUUUGCUGAGUUAAUGGGGACUGUGAGUAGCAGCUCUCCUGCUGGAACCACGCUGACGUACAGAUGUAACCCGGGGUAUGCUGCAGGAGAUGGAACGUCUUUGGAAGUCACUUGUCUGGGGAAUACCAGUUGGUCUGUAAGCUCCAAGUCAUGUACACGACAGCAAUGUACUCCUCUCGAGAUAGAGAACGGGUUUGUAAAAGGGAAAGAUUUCCUGUUUGGGACAACUGUGGAGUUCUCCUGUCGUGAUGGGUAUGAAUUACAAGGGUCAUCUUCUGCCAAAUGUGUGGCAUCAGGAAAUGGAGUUAGCUGGGAUGUGUCUCUUCCAACCUGUAAAACUGCAGGACAGCUGACUGUUCUCUGUGGAGAGCCACCUGCAGUUGCCAAUGGGAGGCACAAUGGCACGAAGGGGGAGUUUGUCCACGGCUCCAUUGUAGUUUAUAAAUGCAAUCAUGGUUUCACCCUGGCUGGAGGGUCCUCUAUUCGCUGUACAGCAAGAGAUGAGUACCGUGGUGUCUGGAGCACACCUACUCCUGAGUGCCGAGGUGGAGCGACCACCAUCAUUGUCGGUGGGAAAGGGAAGCCUUCGAAAUGUCUAGCCUGGGGGAACUGGGGUGUCCAUAUCAGCCCGCGGCCCCCCGGGAGCUGCAGUCGGGACCGGAGCAUGGUGCUCGCCUUCGCCCUCCGCCUCCUGGGCAGCUCCGCUCUGCUCCUGGCUGCCCUGGCUGGGGCUCAAGUUAUCCGAUGCCCGCCCCCAUACAUCCAGAAUGGGAAGAGCGUGUCUGCUGCUCGCUAUGUCUACAGGGCUGGGGACAGCGCAAGCUUCACAUGCAACCCAGGCUACACCUUGCAGGGCUCCCACACCAGCACCUGCCAAGCUGACUCCAGAUGGAGCCCACCUGUGCCAGAGUGCAAAAAGGGCAAGUAGGUGACGUGUCCUCAGCCACCAAACAUCGCCAACGGGCUGCACAGCGGCCAGACCACGGACAAAUUUACUCAGGGAGACAUUGUGUACUACGGCUGCAAGGACGGCUUCACGCUGGUCGGGAACAUCUCCAUCAACUGCUCGGAGGCCGGGCUGUGGAGCCGGCCGCUGCCACGCUGUCAAGCAAUUGGCUGCGAGAGACCCGAGGUGCGGAACGGAAAGGUGCACAAGCACCCGAACACCUACGAAGCCGGGGAGAUUCUGCGCUUCAACUGUGAUGCUGGCCAUGCCACAGAUGGUGCUCAGGAGGCUCGGUGUCAGCCAGGGGGCACCUGGGACCCACCAGUGCUGGCCUGCGAGAGAGUCCGACCGUGCCCCAUGCCCCCGAAAAUCAGCAAUGGCAAUCACGAUGGGCAGGGCAAAGCAGAAUUUACCAUGGGGAUGUAUGUGACCUACACCUGCGAUCCCGGCUACUACCUCGCUGAGGACAUCUCGCAUGUAUUUUGCAAAGCCUCGGGGAACUGGAGCCAGCCCAGCCCGCGCUGCGAAGAGGUGAUGUGUACUCGUCCACCGAACAUCGCCAACGGGCUGCACAGCGGCCAGACCAUGGACAGGUUUCCCCAGGGCACGACCGUGUACUACGGCUGCAAGGACGGCUUCGCGCUGGUCGGGAACAUCUCCAUCAACUGCUCGGAGGCCGGGCUGUGGAGCCGGCCGCUGCCACGCUGUCAAGCAAUCGGCUGCGAGAGACCCGAGGUGCGGAACGGGAAGGUGCACGGGCACGAGAGCACCUACGAAGCUGGGGAGAUUCUGCGCUUCUACUGCGAUGCUGGCCAUGUCACAGAGGGCGCCCAGCGGGCUCGGUGCCAGCCGGGGGGCACCUGGGACCCACCAGUGCUGGCCUGCGAGAGAGUCCGACCAUGCCCCAUGCCCCCAAAGAUCAGCAACGGACAACACGACGGGCAGGGCAAAACUUUUUUUACCACGGGGAUGUCUGUGAUGUACAGCUGCGAUCCUGGCUACUACCUCAUUGGAAAUGCUCAGGUGGUCUGCAAAGCCUCGGGGAACUGGAGCCAGCCCAGCCCGCGCUGCGAAGUGACGAUCUGCACAAAGCCAGAUAUACUGAACGGAUGGAUAGUUGAUGGUGAAGGACUUAUCUACGGACCUGGGCAGAUGGUGACGUUUCAGUGCCAUGACGGUUACAGCCUGCAAGGUACUGCUAAAAUCCUCUGCCAGGAGGACGGCAGCUGGGACCCUCCCGCGCCCCUCUGCAACCUGCACCAUCACCAGCUGCUGCCGAUCAGGCCUGAGCGUUCAGGUGGUUGUGGUGCUCCUACAAGGUUACCCUUUGCUGAGCUAAACGAGGAGCAUAGGAAUGAGAUUGAUUUUUCUGUUGGGAAGACUGUGAAAUACACUUGUCGGCCUGGAUUUGCUAAACACCCAGGAUUGUCACCUACUAUUACAUGCCUUCAGAGCGGAGUGUGGUCAGAAGCACUAGAGUUCUGUAAAAGGAAGCAGUGCAACCAUCCCGGGGAACCCGAGAAUGGCAGGAUUACCUUCCUGGCGGAUCUCUUCUUUGGGUCGACCGUGGUCUACAGCUGUGAAGAAGGGCACAGGUUAAUCGGACAGUCCAGCAGGCGCUGUGAGAUCUCUGGUGGACGUGUCGCGUGGACCGGCGAUAUCCCCACCUGCCAGCGUAUCCCCUGCAUGCCCCCGCCCAACAUUCCCCACGGGAAGCACACGGGGCGGCUGCUGGACGAAUUCCACUACGGCACGUCGGUCACCUACAGCUGCGAGCCUGGCUACCCGCUGCAGGGAGAGGCCUCCAUCUUCUGUACCACCAGGGACGGGAUGAACGGGGAGUGGAGCGGGCCUCCCCCGCUGUGUGGAGAGGCGAGAUGUCCCGUCCCGCAGAUCCAGAAUGGGCGAAUAGUGUCGGCUCCCAGCAUCACCUACACGUACAAGGACACCAUCACCUUCGAGUGUGAGCCAGGCUACACCAUGCGCGGGCACAGCGUGGUGCAGUGCCAGCUGAAUAGCACCUGGGAGCCACCCGUGCCAGCCUGCGAGCAGGCUGGCUGCAGUGCUCCCCCCAGGCUGGUGUUUGCUGAGCUGAAGGAGGCAUUCAGGAACCAGAGCGCCUUCCCCGUGGGCAGGGCGGUGGAGUACGUAUGCCGGCCCGGCUACAGCAUGCACCCAGGGAUGUCGGCGACCGUCGUGUGCCUUGGGAAUCAGACCUGGUCUGCGGCGCUGGAGUUCUGUAAAAGGAUGCAGUGUGAGAACCCCGAGGAUCCGGAGAAUGGCAGAGCCGUUGUCUUGACCGACCUCCUCCUUGGGUCCAAAGUGAAUUACACGUGUGAAAAAGGGCACAUGCUGGUGGGGCGGUCUCAGAGGACGUGUGAGAUCUCUGGCACCCGUGUCUCCUGGAGCGGAGCUGCUCCCGUCUGCCGGCGUAUCGUCUGCGACCCGCCCCCGGACAUCCCCCGUGGGACACACAGCGGGCACUCGAUGGACGCCUUCCCCUACGCGGCCGUGGUCACCUACACGUGCGAGCCGGGCCACGUGCUGGCCGGAGCCGCCUCCAUCUUCUGCACCACAGUGGACGGGGAGCGCGGCGAGUGGAGCGGGCCGCCGCCACGCUGUGGAGAGGUGAGGUGUCCUCCCCCUCCAGGCAUCGCCAACGGGCAGCACAGCGGCCAGCCCUCGGACACCUUCCUGGCAGGCUCGGCGGUUCAGUACACCUGUAAGGAUGGCUACUCCCUCGUCGGGAACGCGUCCCUUAACUGCACCGUCACGGGAACCUGGAGCCGGCCCCGGCCGCGCUGCGAAGUGCUGCUGUGUCCUUCCCCUCCGACUAUCAAAAAUGGCCGGCACAGUAGCAAGGAUGUGACAGUGUUCAUCCCCGGGACAUCGGUGAAGUAUGAGUGUGACCCAGGCUACGUCCUCACGGGGAAAACCACCGUUUCUUGUUUGCCAUCUGGAACCUGGAGCAUCCCUUACCCCCGGUGUGAAGUUGUCAGCUGCAUGAGCCCCAGUGUCCGGGAUGGAGAAGUGGUUGAAGGGCAGCGAGCUGAGUACCUCCCCGGGGCCACCGUCACCUUCCGCUGCCGCCCGGGCUACACGAUGCAGGGCAGCCAGGAGGCCAAGUGCCAUCCCGACGGCCGCUGGGUCCCCGCCAUCCCCAGCUGCGAGCCAGCGCUGCCUUGUCCGCCGCCGCCCGUCAUCGCCCACGCCACGCACAGCGCGGAGCUUGGGGCCAACUUCACCAGCGGCAUGGCCGUGAACUACAGCUGCCAGCCCGGCUUCUCCCUGCUCGGGGUCUCCUCCAUCUGGUGCACGGCCGCGGGGAGCUGGAGCCGCCCGUACCCACGCUGCGCAGCUGGAUGUGGGACACCACCACCGUUACUGUUUGCUGAGCUAAACAAGGAGUAUAAGAACUGGACUGAGUUUCCUGUUGGGUCAACAGUGAAGUACAGCUGCCGGCCAGGAUACGCUAAACAUCCGCAGAUAACCCCCGCUAUUACAUGCCUUGAGAAUCAGACAUGGUCAGAAGUCAAGAAGUUUUGCAAACGGAGAAGGUGUAGUCAUCCAGGAGAACCAGAAAAUGGCAGAGUUAUCGUUACAACAGACCUCUUCUUCGGGUCAACAGUGAAUUACACGUGUGAUGAAGGGCACCGGCUGGUUGGAGCCUCCCAGCGGCACUGCGUGAUUUUGGACUCUGGGACACGCGUGGGAUGGACCGGAGACCUUCCCGUCUGCCAGAGUAUCGUCUGUGACCCACCCCCGGACAUCCCCCGCGGGACACACAGUGGGCACUCGAUGGACGCCUUCCCCUAUGCGGCCGUGGUCACCUACACGUGCGAGCCGGGCCACGCGCUGGCCGGAGCCGCCUCCAUCUUCUGCACCACGGUGGACGGGGAGCGUGGCGAGUGGAGCGGGCCGCCGCCGCGGUGCGGAGGGCAGCUGUGUCCCCCCCCACCAGUGAUUAACCAUGGCCAGCACGAUGGCAAGGACAUGGAAGUGUUCAUCCCUGGGAAGUCCGUCAAUUACAGCUGUGACCCCGGCUAUUCUCUUGUUGGAAAAUCCACCCUGUACUGUACAGACAACGCAAGCUGGAGCACCCCGCACCCCCAGUGUGAAGUAGUGCAAUGUCCUGCACCUCCAAACAUUGAAGGAGGCAGUCACAACAGCCAGGAGGUGGAAGUUUUCAUUCCUGGGAUGGUUGUAAACUACAGCUGUGACCCUGGCUUCAGCCUCCUGGGGGAGGCAUCGAUUUACUGCACUGAGUCUGGAAACUGGAGCCUGCCUCCUCCUCAGUGUGCAGGUGGCUGUGGUGCACCUCCAAGCCUCAGCUUUGCUGAGCUAACUGAGGAGUACAGAAACCAGACCGCGUUUCCCGUCGGGAAGAUGGUGCGAUACGCCUGUCGGCCGGGAUACUCAAGGCACCCCACAGUACCCCCAGCUCUGACGUGCCUCAGAAACCACACGUGGUCUGAAGCGCGGGCGUUCUGCAAAAGGAAACAAUGCCAUUAUCCAGAAGCACCAAAGAAUGGCAGAGUUGUUGUUCUGACAGAUCUCCUCUUUGGGUCCAUUGUGAACCACACGUGUGAGGAAGGGCACCGACUGGUCGGGCUGUCUCUGAGGCGAUGCGAGCUUUUUGGAGCAGAUGUUGCAUGGAGUGGAGAUCUUCCCAUUUGUCAGAAGGUGGUAUGUCCAGCCCCACAGAUCCAGAACGGGAGGAUAUCUGUUAUUAAACAUCGCUACAGGUACAAGGACACCGUUAGCUUUACCUGCCGUGAAGGUUUCACCCUGCGAGGCCACCACACUGCCCAGUGCACAGCCAACAGGAGGUGGCACCCCCCCGUGCCCAUCUGUGAGCAGGCGGUAAUGUGUCUGCCUCCUCCGGGCAUUGCUAACGGGGAGCACAGCAGCCAUUCCUCAGACACGUUUGGUGUAGGAGCACUCGUGCACUACCGCUGCAAACCUGGUUUUGUGCUUAUUGGCAAUGAGUCUGUCCACUGCAUGCCCAACGGAGUCUGGAGCCGUCCCCUUCCUCGGUGCGAAGCUGGCUGUGUGAGACCAGGAGUCGGGAACGGAGAGGCGAUCGGAUUGGAGUCUCUCUACUUGCCUGGAGACAUCAUUACGAUUGAGUGUAAUGCUGUUAAUGUCCCCAGAGGUCUCCACAAGUCCCAGUGCCAGCCCGGGGGCACGUGGGAUCCUCCACUGCCUGCCUGUACCAGAGCAAAGCGCUGUUCCAAGCCUCCUGCUAUCCCCCACGGGUGGCACAGUGGCCUGGCAAAAGCGGUUUUCGCUCCUGGAACAUCUGUAAGCUACAGCUGUGAGCCCGGCUUCUCCCUCAUUGGGAUGGCAUCCAUUUAUUGUACAGAGUCUGGAGCCUGGAGCCAUCCUUCUCCAGUCUGUCAAGCCGUGAAGUGUUCUCUUCCUCCAAAUAUCACCAAUGGGAAGCUCAAAGGCAACAUUUCUGACACUUUUUCCUACGGAACAUCUGUAUCCUACAGCUGUAAUGCUGGUUAUUCACUCACUGGGAAUGCUUUCAUCAACUGCACGGCACUAGGGACCUGGAGCCAGCCGCCUCCUCGGUGCGAAGAGAUCAGAUGUGUAUUCCCAGAAGUUCAAGGUGUUAAAAAAGCCACAAGUGGAAACACUUAUCGAUUUGGGACUAACAUUACUCUUGAAUGUGAUGAUGGUUACAUGUUGGAAGGCAUCAGUCAGAUUCAGUGCCAAGAGGACUUCAGCUGGGACCCUCCUGUGCCAGCCUGUAAACUAACUUCACGCAAGUCUGGUUCAGUAGGCCUAGGAGUCGCAGCUGCGGCAGUCCUGCUUCUCCUGGGUGCAGGCAUUAUCUGGAAAAUUAUUUCUAAGCAGAAGGAAGGCUUUUAUCAUACAUACGAAAACUACAACUACAAAACGGCUCUGGACCAGAUAACUGAAAAGAAAUGCUCAUGUCUUGCAUAGCAGACUGGUGACCUGUGCUGCCUCUAAUAAGGCACCGGAGACGUUCUUCCUCAAGCAGCAGCAGGUUGCACAGAAACACUGCUUGUGUCAAGACCGAAAUUCUGCGUGGAAAAAGGCACUUUACCACAGAAUCAAAGCUCACGCUCCUUCUGCUCCCACUAACCACUCCAAGGGCCUAACAAAGCUCAAGCUGUGCACAGUACAGAAGCUCAUCAGAGGGACUUCUCUCCCUCACUGCAUCUCAGGAAGAUUAUUUCCUUCUCUAUUUGCAAACCCUGAGCUAAGCAAGAUCCACAGAAGCACUCCUGUACGUGUGCAGUCAGGAUUUGUUGGCCCGAAGAUUUCCUUUGUUAGCGGUAGCUGUGCCCAUGCCUGCAGCGUGGUUACUCAGCCUCAGCAGAGGCUGCUCUCUAUUUUACUCCAGGAACGCUCACGCGUGGUGUUCCUCUACAAACGCUUAACCUAAUAAAACGUGAACACA